AUGACAUUUGUCAUAUUAGCAUGUGCCUUACCACAGUACAAAUUAUGGUGGCCAUUCUUUGUUGUGUUGUUUUACAUCCUUUCCCCAAUACCAACUAUGAUAGCCCGCCGUAGUGGUGACAGUGCAGGAGGCAACAACUCACCUUGCAUGGAAGCUGCUGUUUUUAUCACAAUGGGAAUUCUAGUCAGCUCCUUUGCUCUGCCCAUUGUAUUAGCUCGAGCAGGAGUGAUCUUAUGGGGAGCGUGUUACCUAACUCUAGCUGGCAAUGUAAUAGUAUUUCUCACUAUUCUCGGUUUCUUCACAAUCUUUGAUAUGGAUGAUUCAGAUUAUGCAAUGUGGUGA